UCGGGCGGCCGUGGGACGAGUCGAGUAAAAUUUUUAUUUAUAUCACACACGACGAUGUACCCGUAGAGUGCGACCGGCUGUGUACGUGCGUGACGAAACGAUACGAAAACACGACGACAGAAUGGCGAACGAGGAGGCUUUGGGGCCGCGGAAGACGAUGUUCGUUCUAGUGAUUGUUGUGGGGUGUUUCGCUGUGCUGUGGCCUAGGAUCCUGUCGCCUCUGAUGCUGGGCCAGGGACAGCUGAAGCCGAACCAGCUCGACCGGGACGCAGGAUGCUGUGAAGUCAUCUUCGAGUCAGAAAUGGCCGUCCUCGAGUUAGUAAACGAAGUAUGCAGCUCCGCUGUCGGACAAGAUGGCCUAUUGUCUGCAUAUGCAGCGGCUGAAUGCCGAAAGACUGUCAAUGAUACUUGUGGGCUGGACAUAGCUGCAUUCUUGAAAAGAACGGAUAAUGUUGGGAAGUCAACGAAGGUGUUAUUGAAUACGAUGAAAGAGAGUAACAGUUCGUGCUUGAAGGAGCAUUUCGGAGUGCCUGUAUGGAGUCUCGGUGCACACACUGCACUCAACUCUUGGGCAAUACAGGAUGACAGCGUGAAGCAAGAGCGGUCACCAAUCCGCGGCGCCGGGCCGCACCCGGCGCUGCGCGAGCGCGGCCGCGCCAUCCCCCCCGGCGCGCCCACCCCGCCGUCGCGCGGGCCCGUCCCCAUGCCCCCCCACGCCAGGGUACGGUCGCCAUUGAAUGUGUACUUUGAUGUGGAUAUCAAGCCUCCACCGAUUCCGGGAAUGCGGCCGCCGCUGGGGUCCCCUGGCGGACCCGUACCGGCCCCCAAGUCUUCCAUGGGUUUCGUGAUGCCAAUCUACACCAUCUGCAUUAUCGUGUUCUUCGUCUACACGCUGAGCAAGAUCCUGUUUAAGAGAACUGGCUCCAUACCCUAUGAGCACGUGGCUCCCGACCCUCAGUUCCGUCGCAGAGUCUUCAGGGAUGACUCCAGGACCUCACCUGAUUCUAAACUGGGACCUAAAGAAAGGGACGCAAGGGACGUGGAAUUGGAAGCGCUGAGGGCGCGACUCGAGGAGACAGAGCGCGCCAUGCAAAGGAUCGUCGGACAACUCGCCAAGCGAGACGCGGAAUCUCAAGAAAACCACACACGGCCAUACACAAAUGGUUCCGUCCACAACUCGCCUAUUAUCAUAGCUAGCGAAUACGUCGAAAACAAGGAGAAGACUCCAGAACCAGAAAAAGUUGAACCGAAAGAACCGAGUCCGGAAAAAGAGGCAUCCCCUGAACAAGUAGAACUGAGUCCAGAGAAAGAGGCAUCCCCUGAACCGAGUCUAGAAAAAGAGGCUUCCCGUGAACCGGCUGAACCAACCCUAGAAAAAGAGGCUACGCCUGAACCUGAACCUAAAGAACCAACCCCAAAACCAAGCCCUGAAGAACUAACACCAGAACCACAAGAAUCAGAGGAAGAAUCACUAGAAAAAGAACCAGAACGUGGCCAUCUUGAAGAAGAUUUGCUGAAACUGUCAGAAGAUAUUAAAGAAAAGAAGGAUAACUUGGCAAAGUCCACGAAAGACUUUUUGCACGAAGCCAGGGAAAAUGCUGAGAAGACUGUAGAAUUGCUGAAGGAGGCUUUAAAAGAAGAUUCUCCAGUGCAUGUGGAAGAGGAAGAAGAAGAAGAGGAAGUUGAUCCUGAUAAGGAAGUCAGCGUGAAGGUGAUGGGAAUGGAGUUGACGGCGCAUACGAUGGGCCGCACCGCCGCGCCCGCGCCCGUCCCCGCUUCCGCCUCCGCCUCCGCCUCCGCUGCCGCUCGCUCGCACGAGGCCGACGAGGUGAAGUCCAUAUUCCUGGAGACCAAUAUCCCGCAGCAGUCGAGGGUGCUGGUGGCAGAUUUCGAAGACAGAGCCAAGCCGCACAAGAAACAUGAACCGGCGGUGGUCAGCGGCAAGAUGACGCUCUCUCUGAUCCAGGACGCGCCCCAGGACGAGGACUUGCCCGAAAUCGACCCAGAAUCGACAAUGGAUGACUUCACCACAGCUAGCGCCAUGACCCAGCCGGUUGCAGAGAAAGAGGGGGAAUCGUCAGACGAGGAGAUCGAAGAGGAAAUAGAAAUAGAAGAGAUCGAGGAGGAAGAUGAUGAUGAUGAAGCGAAUGAGGGGCUGAAAGAGCAGAAAUGAACUGAUUUACUCUAGUCGUUGGAACUAUCUGAUUUGAACCUUAUUAUACAUACGCAUACGGUUGUUAUUUGCU